AUAGUUAGUAACGCCCUCACUCAUGCAUAAGCAAACCCUCAUCAUCCAAUUCCCCAUUUAAAACCCCAUCGAUCUCAUCCCUCCUUCUCCGCAUUCUUACUUCUUCUCAACCCAAACCCCUGUUGCUGGCCUUCUUCUUCUUCCUCUCAAUUCUCUCUGAUCGCUCUCUCUCUCUCUCUCUCUCUCUCUCUCUCUCUCUCAUCACUAGCAGCUAUGGUGGUUCUGUCUCAACCAGCUGCAUUAAACCAUUUCUCUCUAAUCAAAUCAUGCAAGCCAACAAGCUUGUUCUCUGGGAUUCCAGUGGUAGACCUCUCAGACCCAGAUGCCAAGAGCCAAAUCAUCAAGGCCUGCAAAGAGUACGGCUUGUUCAAGGUGGUCAACCAUGGAGUCCCAUUGGAGUUCAUGACCACACUUGAGGCUCAAGCUCUCAAGUUCUUCAACUUGCCAGAGUCUGAAAAAGACAGGGCCGGCCCUGCUGACCCUUUUGGUUACGGAAGCAAGCGAAUCGGGCCAAACGGCGACGUGGGUUGGAUUGAAUACAUCCUCCUCAACGCCAAUCCUGAAAUUAUCUCCCACAAAUCACACUCCAUUUUCAAAAACAACCCAGAAAUUUUCCGUUCUGCUGUUGAGGACUAUAUCUCGGCGGUGAAGAAGAUGACUUGUGAGGUACUAGAAAUGGUGGCUGAUGCGUUGGGAAUCGAUCAAAGAAAUGCGCUGAGCAAGCUUCUGAGAGAUGAGAAGAGCGACUCAUGUUUCAGGCUCAACUACUAUCCGCCGUGCCCGGAGCUUCAAGCAUUGAGUGGACGGAAUUUGAUUGGGUUUGGAGAGCACACAGACCCCCAGAUAAUCUCUGUCCUAAGAUCUAACAACACCGCAAGCCUGCAAAUCAGUCUGAAAGAUGGGACUUGGGUUUCUGUCCCACCUGACCAGACUUCCUUUUUCAUUAAUGUUGGUGAUUGCCUACAGGUGAUGACUAAUGGGAGGUUUAAGAGCGUGAAGCAUAGGGUUUUGGCAGACACAGUAAGCUCAAGGAUUUCGAUGAUUUACUUUGGAGGGCCACCUCUGAAUGAAAAGAUAACACCUCUGGCGUCAGUAAUGGCAGAAGGAGAAGAAAGCUUGUACAAGGAGUUCACGUGGUCCGAGUACAAAAAGUCUGCAUAUAAAUCACGGUUGGCUGAUUAUCGGCUAGGGCUCUUUGAGAAAUCCUUUGGCCAAUGAAAUGAUCGAGCUCCAUUCCAAUUUUAGCAAAGAAAAAAAAGUUUUUUAGGGUUUUGUCUAAAAGCUCAGAAAAUCAGAAUAGGUUGACUGCAGCAGCCACUCUACUGCGUACUUGCCAUAGAUGGAAAACAAAUAGGUUGUUGUCUAUCUCCUUUAGGUUGUUGUUUAUCUACUUUCUUUUCACUCUUUUUUCUUCUGUCUCUUUUAACCUUUCUUUUGUUUGUUUGUGGUUAUUUCUGGUUCAAAUGUAACAACUACCUUCUAGCAUUAAUGUGAGUUUAUCAUCUUCAUG